AGGCUUGUUGCCCAUCAUUCAACACUUUUAAACUAUAGUGGACAUAUGCUGGAAUCAUUGGAUGAACUUGAAGUUCUCAACAGCGAUGCAAGAAACAUCUUCAUUGAAGUUUCCAUUGACGGAUGGAUCCAGAAGCGGCUGAUGAAACUAUACAUUGAUUGCUGUAACGAGUUAUCAGAGUCACCCAAUAUAAAUUUGCUUAAGAAGCUGUACAUUUCAGAGGUGGAGGAUGAAGUUACUGCUUCGGAUUGUGGGCUGCAAGAUAUAUCUAUAGCUCCGUUAUUAAAAGCCCUGCACACGCACAAGACAGUGGUUAUGCUGGAUCUUUCUCAUAAUUUACUAGGAAAUGGAACGAUGGAGAAACUUCAACAAUUUUUCACAUCAGGCCAAAAGUAUGGUGAUAUAACUUUAGACCUGCACUGCAACCGAUUUGGGCCUACUGCAUUGUUUCAGAUCUGUGAAUGUCCUGUCUUCUUUUCUCGGCUCGAGGUGCUUAAUAUCUCUGGCAAUCGUCUCACUGAUGCAUGUGGAUCAUACCUGUCAACUAUAUUGGGGAAAUGCAAAGCUCUUUACAGUUUGAAUAUAGAACGCUGCUCCAUCACAUCUAGAACGAUUCAGAAAGUUGUCGACGCAAUACAUUCUGAUUCAGUCUUGGCACAACUUUCCAUAGGACAUAAUCCCUUAACAGGAGCUUCCAUCACCAAUCUAUUGAAAAGACUUUCCACCCUAAAUAGCUUCGCAGAGCUGGAUCUGAGUGGUCUGAAGCUAAACAAGCCAGUCAUUGACAGCCUAUGCGAACUAGCAAAAACUUCUUGUUUGACAAGUUUAAGUGUUGGGAGCACCGGCAUAGGAAAUGUGGGUAUCUCUAAGAUCCUGAUUUUGCUGUUGUAGUUGGCAGAUUUAUUUAUUUAUUUCGUUGAACCUAGCUUCUCCUGUUUGUCAUGAUACAAUCUCUGAUCAUAACUGCAGGAAGGGGCUCUGCAGUUGACCGAUUCGCUCCCCACCGGAUCUCAAGAAUCUCUGAAACUUGACCUGUCUUACUGCACCCUGACAUCUGCAUACAUUCACAAACUUGCCUCGAAUCUCAACCUUGCUUGCUGCAUUAUGGAGCUGAAUCUCCAAGGAAAUCCUAUCCUACCACUGGUUUGCCCUUCAUCACCUUAUCUGACAACUCCUGUGUUUGCUAUUUCUUUUUCAUUAUUUCAGUGAACUCAAUCUUUACACAGGGAGGGAAUGCAUUAGUGUCGCUCCUGAAACAGCCAGGGUGUUGCCUUAGGCUUCUGGUCCUAAACAAAUGUCAUCUGGGGCUUCUCCUCGUUCUUCAAUUGAUCCAAGCACUUGCAGGUUUUUUCAGAGUCCACACAAUGAGCUCUCCUUAUCUUCUGUAGUUUCAUUUCCCACGUGCAUGACCCUUGACCAAUUGCCUGCGACUCUUAAUCUUCUCCACAGAGAAUGAUCAACUGGAGGAGCUCCACGUUGCUGACAACGAUGGCCUGCACAAGAACGAAAUCUCAACCCCAAAGAAACCACCGACGGAUGAAAGGUUACUUGAUUGCAGAGUAAACACGGGACAUGAUGAAGACCUUGUAGUUGCUGACAGUGAGGAUUCAACCAGAACAGAAGCUGCUGCAUCUCGGUUCGAGCUCAACGACACCUGCACAAGCUCCUCCAGGAAGACAAAGAACGAGAACGAGAGUAACAACAACAACAACAACAACGAUGACCUAUCGUCAAACGAACAUGGCAGCAUGGUCAAGCAGCUAUCGGAGGCCAUUGUUGCGGCCAAGGCACUGCAGCUGUUGGAUUUGAGCAGGAACGGGCUAUCGGUGCUAGAUGUGGAAGCACUGUAUGGUUCAUGGUCGGCGAAGGGGUGUUCGACUCGGAAGCACGUUGAGGACGAGAUAGUUCAUUUCUCGGCUGGAACGAAGAGGUGUUGCAGGAAGCCUUGCUGCAGAAGGGAGUGAGUUGGUUUCUGGAAUCCUGCAUGCAUAUGACAUGAAACUUCGGUGUUGCUGCUGGGUUACUUCCUACUUGAACCUUUUUUUUUCCUUCUGGAGCAAGUUAUAGUGGGUUAAAAGCUUCACCUUCACGGAAUGGUAUUAUCGUAAUUCCAUUCUAAUUAAGUGGAAGCAACGAAGUUGCUAGCUACUUUACAACAGUGGGAUCUUUCUUCGUUUCCUUGCUCCUCCCUGCACUGCACAUUUGUCAACUCCUCCGGUUUCCGUCUUCCGCCGGCUAGCUCCUUCCCCUUUGUCG